CGUGUCUUUCCUUCUCUCCUGCCUUCCCGCCGCCUCCCCUUGCCGAUCCGGGGGAGACAACGCCUUCUCGUUCUCGAGCUCGGAAGAUCCUCGCGUCUCCUCGCUGAUCCGGGCUGUUCAAUCGCACCAUCUUGUUCUUGUGUUAUUUUCUGUUCGAUCGAUCUGUUAAUUCCGCGCCGUCUUUCCUGUUGCUACUACCGUUUCUUGAUUUAUCAUUCUUGCGAAUUCGUUCUGCUCGUUUUCUUCUAACCAUGGACGCAGGCUCCCACUUGAUCUCGUCGAAGAAGAAGGCCCGCGCCGCCGCCGUCCAGCGGCAGCCGCUCCAGGAGGCCGGCUUCCGCCCCUACAUGCCAUCGCUCAGCACCGCCCCGCGCAACCCGUCGGCCAAGUGCUACGGAGACAGGUUCAUCCCUGACCGGUCAGCGAUGGACAUGGACAUGGCGCACUACCUGCUCACGGAGCCCAGGAAGAACCAGGAGAACACGGAGGUGGUGUCCCCGUCCAAGGAGGCGUACCGGAGGCUUCUCAGGGAGAAGCUGCUCAACAACCGGACGCGGAUCCUCGCCUUCAGGAACAAGCCGCCGGAGCCCGAGAACGUCUCGGCUGCCGACGUGGUCUCUUCUCACCAGGCCAAGCCGGCCAAGCAGAGGCGCUACAUCCCCCAGUCUGCCGAGAGGACACUUGAUGCACCGGACCUCGUCGACGACUACUACCUCAACCUGGUGGACUGGGGGAGCAGCAACUUGUUGUCCAUUGCGCUGGGCGACACCAUGUACCUGUGGGAUGCCUCCAGUGGAUCCACAUCUCAGCUUGUGACAGUCGAUGAGGACAGCGGCCCCAUCACCAGCGUCAGCUGGGCUCCUGAUGGCCGCCACCUCGCCAUUGGGCUCAACUUGUCUGACAUCCAGCUCUGGGACACCAGCUCCAGCCGACUGUUGAGAACUCUGAAGGGUGUGCAUGAAUCGAGAGUCGGUUCGCUGGCAUGGAACAACAACAUUCUGACCACUGGCGGCAUGGAUGGUAGCAUUGUGAACAAUGAUGUGCGGAUCAGGGACCAUGCCGUGCAGACGUACCAGGGGCACAGCCAGGAGGUGUGCGGGCUCAAGUGGUCUGGGUCUGGGCAGCAGCUGGCUAGUGGGGGUAACGACAACCUUCUGCACAUCUGGGAUGUGUCGAUGGCGUCCUCCAUGCCAUCUGCGGGCCGCAACCAGUGGCUGCACAGGCUUGAGGACCACACGGCCGCUGUGAAGGCGCUCGCAUGGUGCCCAUUCCAGAGCAACCUGUUGGCAACUGGCGGUGGUGGUAGUGAUCGGUGCAUCAAGUUCUGGAACACACACACAGGUGCUUGCCUCAACUCUGUGGAUACCGGAUCACAGGUGUGCGCUCUUCUAUGGAACAAGAACGAGAGAGAGCUGCUGAGUUCGCACGGAUUCACAAAGAACCAACUAACAUUGUGGAAGUACCCUUCGAUGGUCAAGAUGGCUGAACUCACUGGACAUACCUCACGUGUCCUUUUCAUGGCACAGAGCCCUGAUGGUUGCACGGUAGCAUCAGCUGCUGCGGAUGAGACCCUCCGCUUCUGGAACGUCUUCGGCACUCCUGAAGUAGCAAAGCCCGCACCCAAGGCUUCCCACACUGGGAUGUUCAACAGCUUCAACCAUAUUCGAUGAGCUGAACAACGAGAAUGAUCCUAUGGUUAUAUAUACCGCUGAUGGAUAGCUGUGUUGUGUACACAAAAUAGGCUAAAUAUACCUGGAUAUAUACCGCUGAUGUACCUGAUUGUGGAUAAGCAAAUAUAUGGAUGGAGCCGCCGCAAUUCGGCUCCCGGGGAUGUAGGCACACUGCUGAACCUCGUUAACAAAUGUUGUGUCUUUGUUGUGAUC